GCCUUCAUUGCAAAUUGGUUAUUGCGAAUAUGAACCUCGGCCCGCAAUAUUUCAGGUAUAUCAAGUGGCUGAUGGUUGUUGCUGGGAUUUGGAGAAUUGAUAUUGAAGAAUUUUCAACGGUAAAAAAAAAACUCUACCACUUUUACUCAGUACUGAUACAAGUAGUAUGUUCGUCUCCGAUGUUAUCGUUCAUGUUUAGUGUACCGACUUUACUCCAAAGAGAUACGGCAGCAGCAAUAAGUAGCAUCGGAAUCAUCAUAAUAUUUGUGAUGAUAGUAUCGAAAAUGCUUAUGUGUCAGUCGAGACCCAUCAUCAGGCUUUUGCGUCUCGCCUUGCAGCCCGACUUUCAGAUAACUUCUCCUAUUAAUGACGAUGUACGGGCGAUCUGCGAUUGGCAUAUCAACUUCGACAACAAAUUGAUCUCGCUGCUGGUCGGCUCAGCGACGUUGGUGGGCUUUUGCAUACCCAUAUUUGGUGACGUCAAUUGCUAUAUUUACUACAAGCAGCACAGGGGAACGAACAUAACAGAGAAGCCAGUGCUGUUGCAUUAUUGGUAUCCGUUUGACAAGAACAAGUACUACACUUUCAUCUUGAUUGACCAGAAUAUUCGGCCAGUGAUUGCGAGCAUAAGCAUCGCCAUCAUCGGUGCCUUUGUUAACUCUAUUAUCAUUUUCGUUAGGCUUCAACUCAAACUGCUGCAGUACAGUUUCAAGAAUUUCGAUGUAAUGAAUUCGGAAGGUGCGCACAUGCUGAAGACGUUUUGCUUUAAACAUCAAGAAUUAAUUAAGUACGUCGAAGACCUGAACGAAUCCUUCAAAACUGUAAUAUUUUUAGAGUUUUUGGUGUCUUCGAUCUCAUUCGCAUCUCAAAUUUUUCAAAUAACUUUGGGAGUCAGACCGUUUUUUGCUACCAUAAUAUUGACUUAUACCAUUAUUCAGCUACUCACGUUCGCUUGGAGCACAAACGAAAUCAUUAUCCAGAGUUCAGAAUUGGCAAAAGCACUUUUCGAAAGCAACUGGUACGUUCAUGAUUCACAGACGAAGACCAUGGUGCACAUCAUGAUGAUGAGAUGCCAGAAACCUGUUUGUUUGAGGAACGGCAGAUUUGGCGUGAUGGAUUUAGACGUAGGCAUAUCGAACAUGAGUCACGCCAGAUUCACUCAGCGAUACUUUAGAUACGUAAAGUGGCUCAUGAUCGUUGCCGGCAUAUGGAGAAUUACGAUCGAAGAAUUUUCAGCACCAAAGAGAAAGUUAUACCAUUGCUAUACCAUUCUUAUUCAGAUGGUUUUUUCCUCGCCGUUGAUUUCCUACAUCUUAAAUGUUCCUAUUUUGUUAAAAACGGACAUGCCAGCAGCAAUAAGUACUUUGGGUUUCAUUACAUUCUUUGGGGUGAUACUCACCAAAAUGUUCAUGUGCCAGUCGAAACCCAUCAUCAGACUACUUCAGCUUGCCUUGCAGUCGGAAUAUCAAACCGGAGGACCCAUUAACACAGAAACAAAAGCGAUAUACGAAUAUCACAUAAGAUUUGAUAACUACGUGAUCUCGAUCCUUUUCUUUGGUGCCGUAUUAAUGGGACUCUGCAACGACGUAUUUGGUGACAUCGAUUGCUACAUGUAUUUUCAGCAACAUAGAGGUACAAAUAUAACAGACAAGCUGCUGCCUCUUAAUUAUUGGUACCCAUUUGACAAGAAUAAACACUAUGCUUUGGUUCUAUUAGACCAAAAUGUUCGUGCCAUGCUAGCUUGUUUAGUGACGGCUAUAGUGAACGCAUUCGUCAAUUGUAUCUUCAUUUAUGUGAGACUCCAGCUGACAUUGUUGCAGUACAAUUUUAGAAGCUUCCGGGAAUUGAACAGCUCAGAAGGUUCGAAAAUGCUCAAGAAGUUGUGCGUUAAGCAUCAAGACCUUAUAAGAUACGUCCAAGACCUAAGUGGGUCUUUCAGAACUAUCAUAUUUUUGGAGUACAUGCUUUCUUCCCUUUCACUGGGAUCACAGAUUCUACAAAUUACCUUGGGUAUCCGACCGUUUUUUAUGUUCAUAAUGUUGACUUACACUGUCAUACAACUGCUUAUAUUCUCAUGGACGUCCAACGAGAUUAUAAUUCAGAGUUUAGAGUUGUCCAGAGCCCUCUUCGAAAGCGACUGGUACCAGUUCAACUCUAAAACUAAAGUUGAUGUACACGUGAUAAUGAUGAGAUGCCAGAAACCGCUCGGCCUAAGGAUUGGCCACUUUGGAGUUAUGGAUUUGAAUGUUGGACUAUCGAGGCUCAAAUUGGCGUAUUCGUACGCAUCAAUUAUGACCAGCGGAGUUUGACAUAGCAUACAUAUGCAUAGCUUAUGUUAUGUUAAUUUAAAUUUUUAAAUAAUCUUAAAGUUUAUAUGCA